AUGCAACUAGUAUUUUCCGCUUCAUUCAACCUCAAGUACUUGUUGGCCAAGAAGUCGCAAAGCUCGCUCAUUGCUCCCGCUAUGGAUGUCUUACCGCCGCUGAUUACCCUCCGAUUAAAUCGAGUGAUUACCCUCAAAUUCUAUUUCGGACCCCCACAAGCGACCCUUGAAGUAUUGUAUACAUGUUGCGUUAAUGGUGGCGUCCAGAGUUCUUGCGAGAUUACAGGAUCGCAAGAUUCUUCGUCGGAGAGCUUUGACAUAUGCGACCUCCAGCUUUGUAGGAUAAUGACCGAAGCUAUCAAACGAAAUGACUCACAAUUUAUUCAAGAGCUUCUUGGUCACGUUGUGGCUAUAGAUCCGCUCUAUGGUCUACAAGCUCUUAAUACGAAGGCAAAGGAGGCCCUAGAGGUAUUCCAUAAGAAUAGGUGGGAUAUCAUCAACAAGCCUAUAAGCGAACUUGAAUCUAUAUCAGGAACGCCUCUGCAAAAAGCGGCUGAACUCGGUAAAGCGGACGUGUCUCGCUACUCGGUCAGAAAAGGUUCGAACUUGAAUAUCUUAGAUGCAAAAGGUCGCACAGUCGUGGUGUAUGCGCGAAUAUUGAACCAGUAG